CAUGGCGCAAGACACACCCACGACAAGCUUGUUCGCCCGCUUCGUUUCGAUGACGUGCCCUGCGCUAUCGAAGCCAACUGUCAACUUCGAUGGCGGUGUUGGCGACGUAUUCCACGACGGCCCUCAACAGCGACGACGAUGGCGAUGAUCGCUUGGUAUGCGAUGAUGGCGACGUCCGCAGUGACGAUGACGAUCUUGACGACGAAGGCGACGAUGUUCGGAAAGGCGACGACGGCGGUGAAGACGACGGGCGAGAUGAUGUGCACGCCGACGACGAAUGCGCCGAAGAUGAUUGCCAAGAUUACGCAAGCAGUGAAGAUGGCUACGUUGGCGACGGACGCGGUGACGAUGGCGAUGACGGCGACGAAGGCGAUGACAAUGGCGAUGAUGGCGAUGAAGGCGAUGACGUUAACAAAAAGCGACGAUGGCGAUGAUGGCGACGAAGGUGCUGAUGAAGGCUACGAAGGCAACUCACGCGGCGAACACGACUGCGACGGCGACAGAACAAGAGCAGC